AGCGACUAAGUAUUCAACCUACACAUAAGGCUAUAAUACUAUAGCGUCCUACACCUAAUAGGCAAAAAAAAUAUACUAUGGUGGCACCCUAUUUUGAUUUUAAUAACAAUCUAUAGCCCAUACUCUAUAGGCUCUCUCUCUAUCUAUCAUACACUACUUGGUCACAGAUUUUUAUGCUAUAAGAGCUCCUUCUCUUUUGACGAAGCAAUGAAAUUUGAGGACUUACUAAUGCAACGAAGUGACGAGAGGCAGAAAAGACUUGACCUCGAGGAAGAGGUCAAGAAACUGCAAGGAGUGCUAGAUGGGGAACAAGCACUCAACAGGGUUUUGCGCUUUGCACUCCAAGGUCCAGUUUCUUCCCAUCCAAGUCUUUCCUCAGUUGUCCCCCCUGAGCCUUGUCCUCAGAGGCGAACGUAUAUUGCAGGUUCGGCUGAUUCUGGAAGAACUAGCAAUAGUACAGGAAGAGAUAUUAUGGCUGGAGAGAAAAGUUGAGGAACUAAAACUAAUUUUGUACAGACAGAGGGAACAGAACAGAGAAAGGGAAAUGCUACAUUUAACAAGGUUGCCAGAAGAAACUCAGUUGCUAUUUGGACUAGAGAACCGGUCAGUGCUUAAUGAUCAGAGAUCCAGAUCACAAAAUUAUGAUGAGUUUAGAAAAGAAAGGAUGAGAAAGGAAAGAAGACCCUCAUUGGGUUCUGUAUCAGAAAUCCUAAGCAUGUCUUCCACAAGAUUCAAUGAAGAAUAUCAAAUGUCUAGGAGACAUACCAGGAGAUUGAUUCGAAACCAACACCAUAUUAAUAAAGAAUCUGUCAUCGAGAAACCAAAUGAACUCUCUGAGAACCUGAUAAAGUGCCUAAUCAGCAUAUUUUUCGAGCUCAACCAGGCAUCUAUGGAGAGAGAAGGAUCAGCUACAGUUCCUAAGCUCACUCUCCCUUGCAUGAAAUCAAAAGGGUUCAUGGCAAAGACCACAUUCAACUGUAAAACAUCCACGUUCCUAUUCAAUGACAAUACUUCAAAUCUCGAUCCUUACGGCAUAUUACCGGACUUCGAUGGAACAGUCAGGGAUUUUGGACCAUACGAGAACUUCAUCCCAGUCACAAGAAGCUCGUUAGACAUUGGCCGUAUUUCAGAGUGCUUACCAGCAAUGAGGAAACUGAGGUUUUUGAUGCAAAGGCUAUGUAAUGUUGACUUGACUUUCUUGACCUACAAACAGAAGUUGGCAUUCUGGAUCAACAUCUACAAUGCCUGCAUAAUGCAUGCAUACCUAGAACAUGGAUUACCUUCAACACAAGGGAAACUACUGGAUAUUAUGAACAAGGCUGCAGUGAAUGUGGGCGGUCUAGUACUAAAUGCUUUGGCUAUCGAGCAUUUUAUUCUCCGACAUCCAUGGGAAUCAAACCAAGGCCUGGAUGAGAAGGAAAUGCUGCUACGCCAUGCCUAUGGUCUGGGUUAUCCAGAACCCAAUGUUACAUUUGCUCUUUGCCGAGGAAGUUGGUCCUCACCAGCUUUAAGGGUCUAUACACCAAAUGAAGUAGUGAAUGAACUGGGGAAGGCCAAAGUGGAAUAUUUGGAAGCUUCAGUGGGAGUUACAAGCAAGAGAAAGAUCAUAGUGCCCAAGCUCCUGCAAUGGCACAUGAGAGAUUUCGCAGAUGACAUGGAAUCACUACUAGAAUGGAUUUACAGCCAAUUGCCACGUUCUGGGUCAUUGAAAAGAUUAAUGAUGGAGUGCUUAAACGGGGAAACAAGAUCUCCUAGAACCAAAAUGGUAGAAAUCCAACCUUAUGAAUUUGAGUUUCGCUACCUGCUGGCUUUAUGAGUGAGGAAGGAAAACAGUCAUAGCUGCUUAUAUCCAACAAAUGGGGAAUAGAGGUCCAUAUUAGCCACGUAGAAGAAGCAAAGCGAUUUGCUAUACAGCAGGCAAAUACUGUGAAAAUAAUUUGACUACAAAUAAGCUUUUUAAUUAUAA